CACUAAUAGUCCGUCUUCAUCCCCAUGUUCGAGCUCUUAUUUUGAAAAGCCACGACGCACUGACUGCGUCGGGCUCGUCUUCAGGUUUGUGUUGAUCCAUCCGAGCAGCUGCUGAUCCUCCGGGGCGACGGGCACGGUCGGUCCAGCCCUGGUGCACCGGGACCGGAGCGGAGCGGAGCGGGGCGGGGCGCAGAUCUUCACCGGGGAUGGCGUCUCUCGGCGCGGGGCUGCAUCUGAUCCGGCGGCGGGGAGCGGGCCGGAGCUCCGCGGUGGAGAGGAGGAAUCUGCUCACGGUGUGCAGGUUUUCUGUGAAGACUCUGCUGGAUCGCUCCUGUUUCGAGACGAUAGACGAUUCGUCUCCGGAGUUCGUUAACUUCGUUUCCAUCCUGGAGCACAUCCUCAGCCACCGACUCAAAGGUCAGACCACUUGGUUCGGAUACGAGAGUCCUCGCAGUUUCUGGGAUUAUAUAAAAGUCGCCUGCAGCAAAGUACCGCAUAACUGCAUUCGAAGCAUCGAGAGCAUGGAGAACGUACGAUCAUCGAGAGCCAAGGGCAGAGCUUGGAUCAGAGUGGUUCUGAUGGAGAAGAGGCUGUCCGAGUACGUCUCAUUUGCACUGAGGGACUUCAAAACCACCAGGAGGUUUUAUGAGGACGGAGCGAUCAUGCUGGGAGAGGAGGCCGGACUGUUGGCCGACACGCUGAUCGGGCUCAACACCAUCGACUUCAGCUUCUGUCUGAAAGGAGAAGGUCUGGACGGCAGCUGCCCCGCUGUGAUCGACUACACACCUUACCUCAAGUUCACUCAGAGCGCAGACAGCAUCAGCAGCGAUGAGGAGGAGAUGAGGACUCUGGGCAGCAGCGGCAGCGAGAGCAGCACCCCCGACAAAACGGCCACCGCCGCCUCCAUCUUCACCGAGCAGAGCAACCUGGUCAGCAAAUGCAAACGCUUCGAGCAGAAGUACCGCAUGGCGCUGGAGCAGAAGGGUUACCUGGAAGAGCUGGUUCGUCUCCGAGAGGCCCAGCUGUCCGAGGCCGUUUCCCACAACAAGGCUCUUCAGCAGAGCCUGGCAGACGCCCACCUGUCCCACACGGUGGAGAAAGAGCAGCUGGAGUACAUCAUUCUGGAGCUGCAGGACCAACUGACGGUGCUGAAGAACAACGACUUGAGAUCCAGACAAGAGUUAACAGCCCAUCUGACCAAUCAGUGGCCGUCUCCUGACGCCUUGGACGCCAACGCCGUUGCCUUGGAUACGCUGCUGUACAGGAAGAACACGGGACAGUGGGACCAGAAGAGCUUCCAGAGUCUCGAGCAGCUGUCUGCUGAUAUGAGUCUAUCGCAGACGUCUCUUGAACCGUCGCAUACGUUGAGUCUGGAGGCCCGACCGGUCAACACACAGUGGCCUCACCAAGGUAAAGAGGAAACUCCAUCUCUGCGAGGACUGUGUGGCUCCCUGACAUCAGUGGCCAGCUACAAGUCUCUGGCCAGCCUGAAGUCCAGUGAGUGUUUGGCCAGUCCUGCGACGGAGAUCAGCAGUCCGGGCGUCACUCCUUCGUAGAAGUAGAAAAUGGCUUCCCGCCAGACAAUCCAGGAAUUUUCUCAAUGUAGGUGAUUUUCUGUUCUUUUCUGUUCUGUGUGUAGAGCUGAGAGCUUUAAGAGACGGAAGUUUGCAAGCUGAGGAUGUGAUGUAGCAUGGUGCAGCUCCAUCAUAUGGAAUAAUGUCUCAUUAAUGUACCAUGAAAAUGACCCACGACACUUUAGAGGAUGUCUACAUGUAACUUCAUCAAAAUGUGUUUAAGUUAUGUUGUCCAGUGUUUUUAAUCUUUGGAGCAAAUUAAUUGAACUAAUAGGACAUUGAUGUAUGAACUAUAAUGCCCCUUCGCAGCAUUGAAUCAUGAGAUGGUUUUAUGUUGAAAAUCAGAUAUCAGAGUUGUGAGAAAACACAAAAUGCUGCAAACCCGAGUGUCACUAUGGGUUAUUUUCUGCAGUUAAAAGGAUCUUUUAGUCUCUUCUAUUCUGCCGCCACCAGUUUCUUCUAAUUUCUUUGACGUAUGAUGGCGAAUGCACGCCUCUUUUGUCACAUUAUGUCUUUAAAGUUUGGGAUAGCACAGUCUUUAGUUCUCAGGUGUAAAUGUUUUUCUUUCUCUGUGUUUUUUUUUGUCACUGUUGUGCAUCAUGCAGUAUCACAUGGUUUUGUUCUCAGGUAAUUAUUUAGUUCUGGAUUUGCUUUAAAGCUGAGACUGAUAUGAUAUUCCCUUUAAUUAUUAAGAUGCAGUAUUUCACUAUAAUUGCUGGUUAACACGAAUAGAUCAUUCCUUAAACUGUGUCAUGAAUUGUGUUUAGCAUUCAGUGAUGAAUAAUGUGCAGCAGAUAUUCUGACAAUGAGAAACAAGUGUUAUUAGCAGAAGCUCAGUAUGUCAUGUAUUAUUGGUGACUAGCUGUGUACCUCAACACUGAACUCAGACGGUACACAACAGAAGUGAGUACACCUCUAUGCGGUAUCAGGUAAAUGGCACAUUAUUCUGCACUGCAUCAUGUGACAGUAACUGCAGUACUUCUGAGUUGAACAGUUGGUUGUUUGCUCUGGUGUCAGUUAAGAAACUAAUAUUUAAGUUGGCUAUAUUGGGGGAAAAAAACAGACCCCACAGUAGAAACUCAACGCAAUAGAAGUCGGUGAAUACAGAGAUUCAAAUCUGAAAGGAUUGUACUCUUUAAAAUACCUCAAAGGUGUUCUUUUACAUUCAAGUAAGGCCACAUAUACUUGUCCAGGUCAUAGUCUCUAAUUUGUUCUUCAGAAACUCUUGGGUGAUUUUGUUCUUGGAUGGUUUUCGUGCUGGAAUAUUCUUCUUAAAGCUUCUUGUCAGCCAGUAUUUUGGUUUAUCCACACACAUUCAUCUAUAAAUGUCAUCUCCCCAACACCUUUAGCUCUCAUGCAGCUCCAUGUCAUCAUACUUCCACCUCCAUGCUUCACUGUCAGGACCAUGCAUCCACUGUGGUAGUCCUGGUCAGGUUCACACCAAACAUGCUGGACUCCAUCUGAGCCCAACAAAUUUAUCUUCAUCUGACAAAGAAUGUUCUUCCAACAUUCAUCAGGCUUCUUUUCAUGUUCUUUAGCAAAGCUUCAUCCUGCUGUUUUAUGCCAGUGGACAAGUAAGGUUUCUUUUCUUGGUCUCCAUCAAUAGAGGUUGAUGUUCUGAACCACUGAUUCCAUUGCUAACUCCUGUACCAAGUCUGAAGCAGUUUUUUUCACAGCUGAAUUGUGAACGUAGUUCACGGUCUGUGGAGUCAUUUUAGGAGGACGACCCCUGCAGCCAUGAUUAGUGGGACUAUGACUUCUUCUAUACCUCCUGAUUACUGACGACACUGUUUCACUGAGUAUUUGCUGAUCUUCUGGGAUCAUUUUCCAUCUUUGUGAAGUUAGUCAGAUUUUUCAGUUCCUCUGUUCAGUUCUUCUCCACGUGGAGCCAUGAUGCAGACAUAGACACAGUCCAUAGGUCCAAAACUAAGAAAGUGUAUUUGGCUGAUUGGAAAUCACAGGUGGACUCAGUUUAGUUUCAGUGAUCAUGGGUUGAUUCGCUUUUGAUGCAUUGAGUUUCUACUCUGAGGGCUGAAUUUUUAAUAUAGUCUUUCUUAGGUGUUUGUUUUUGAUAGUUCAUAAGAGGAAAUCCUUAGAAACCAUGCAAUUAAUAAGAGGCAAAGGGUCAUUCCAGGUGAAAUGACCAGAUAUUCCUUGGGGGUGUUGCUGCACCAUUUUCAAAUUAGUCCUAAAUUUGCAUGCCAUUAGAUAGUCACAAAAGUACUUUCUAUGCAAAAUUGUAGGUCUGUAGCUCAAAUAGUUUGAGUUGUGGGGGUCUGAAAUUUUCAGAAUUUGGGCUAUGAAAAGCCUCACCAGCGUUUUUUGUAUCUUUAAGUGGUAAAUUCUCAGCCUCUAGACAUACCAGAGAGCUGUGAGUUGGUAAACAAGGCCUCUGCAUGUAGCUAGUGCCCCACAAACAUCCCCAGGUGUUUCCCUUCACUCUGCAGGCCGUGGGGGCAUCCUAAAAAUGCUAAAAAUUAAGAGAUACCUACUCACGAGUGGAGUUUGGGACCUUAAAAGUACAAGAAAUACUGCACAGAAGUGUUCUAACACCUCUGGGUUCCAUUCUACACAAACUUGUGUGAUAACUUAGCAAACUGGAGCUUUCUAGGUACCUCAGUUUGGACAAUAUAAGCUCCCAAAGUUGGACGAGAUUUUUAAUUGGCUAUUUUUGGUGGCAAAAAUCUCAGUGUGGGACAGGUACCAGAGACCCCAAAUUUUUCUACAAGACAGUUCUAUCUGUCUUCUAUCACUGUACAAAAAGCAGCAGGGUUAUAUUUGUAGUUACUGAGAUAUUCUUACUCAAAAUGGCAUGGGUAAUGUCAAAAUGUUUUUUUUGCUUUUCAGUACUUUAUAUUGGGAUACAAGUAUUAGUAGUCAUUCCAAUGGUAGUGUUAUGCAUGUUUUGUUCUUUUUGAAAUGUUAGUUGUUAAAGUUGACUACCUUCAAAAAGUGUAAUGGGAUAACUUAGGUAUACCUAAGUUAUAACUUAGGUAUAGGUUCUUUUGCUUGUAACAUGACAUUGUACAAUUAGAUUCAACAUGUUUAAUCCCACUGCACUGAUACUGUAAAAUUCAACAUUAUUGUUGUUAUUUUUAAUCAACCAUAAACUACUACAGAGCUCCCUGAAUUCAAGUUAGUACAUGUAAUUUGUAUGUUUUAAUUACAUGUAUGCAUUGCAAAUGGGUGUCAACAUGUCAUGAUAUCUCCAGGUAUGGCUUUAAACUAGACCUAAGUACUUUAAUAAUGUUGAAUUUUACAGUAUCAGUGCAGUGGGAUUAAACAUGUUGAAUCUAAUUGUACAAUGUCAUGUUUUUUUUUGUCAUGUUACAAGCAAAAGAACCUAUACCUAAGUUAUAACUUAGGUAUACCUAAGUUUCAGACCCCCACAACUCAAACUAUUUGAGCUACAGGCCUACAGUUUUGCAGAGAAAGUACUUUUGUAACUAUCUAGUGACAUGCAAAUUUAGGACUAAUUUGAAAAUGGUGUGGCAACCACCAUCUAGUGAAACCACACGGAAUGAUCCAAUACACUUAAUUUGACUUUUCAGUGACGUUUCACAGGGGUGUACUUACUUCUGCUGUCUACUACGGCUUUUCUAUUUGCCUUCAGCUUUUUCCAGCAGUCAUUUGCACAGACAUACAGCAGCCGUUUUAUUGUUACUUUAUUUGCCUUUUUAUCUUUCAUUCUGAAUAAACUUCACUUUGCUGAAACAGAA